GUCCGCUGGACCGUCGCCUCCUGGCCAUAGCAGCCGAAGCUUCGCUGCCCGGCGCGGCCGGCACGGCGGCAGAUGCUUCGCUGGACCUGAAAGAGCUGGCACGCGAGCUGCCGGAGGUCUCUGUGGCGGAGCUGGUGGAAGCCUUGCGCAGAACCGGGUUCCAGCCUUCCGUCCAGCUGCGUGUCGGAACGGGUACGUCUGGCUAG